GACAACGCACCAGGCCACAGCUAGCCAGGACACCCCUGCCACACUGCUGACCGUUGGUGGGGAGAUGGAGUACGAGCCCAAGAAAGCCAAAAAGGGCUUUGUGUCCCCCAUCAAGCGUCUGGUCUUCCCCAAAUCGGGGCGCAGGCAGGUGGACAAGGGCAGCCUGUACCGGCGACCCCUCCACACCGUCCCUCUGUACCCGCCAGACUACCUCAUACAUCCAGAGAGGCUGAUCUAUGAUUAUGUGGAGAAGGAAGUGAAGCUUUUGGGUCACCUGACCUGGGUGUCAUGCUCACUGAACCCCUCCAGCCGUGAUGAGCUGCUGCAGCUUCUGGACACAGCCAGGACUCUGAAGGUGCUGCCUUUAAAGACGAGCCCGGAGCAGGACUGCAUCCUCAGCCUGUCCGCCCGCUGCCUGCUGCUCACCUGGAGGGACAAUGAGAAACUGCUACUGCGCAUCCCCACGCACGAGAUAGCUGCUGCCUCCUACCUGCGAGACGACGCACUGCACCUUCUGGUGCUCAAAACAGGUCUAAAUGUGGACACUGUGCUGGCGGAUGGCAGUUUGGAGAGGAAGCCCGGGGGCAUUGAGAGCAGGCGGCAAACAGUCAGCAACACUGACCCACGACCAGCCGGGGGCACUAUGGAGCGCAGGCACACCAUCUGUGGGGUGGACUGGAAGCCCUCGUCCCGACACGAGCCCAAACAGGCCGGGGCCACGGGCGGGGUCCAGGCCGGAGCACAGGGAGGGGGAGGGGCAGGGGCAGGGGCUGGGGCAGGGACCGGCAACGGUGACAGUCUGGAGCGGAAGAGGGUGAGUGGGAGCUGGGAGCGACGGCAGACCCGGAAGGCGGGCGGGAGCUGGGAGAAGAGGCCCAUGAGCGGGAGCUGGGACCGGAGGCCUGUGGGGGGCAGCUGGGAGAGGCGCAACACCGGCGGAGUCGGGGGCAGCUGGGAGAAGAGGCACGCAGGGAAGCCGGGGGGCAGCUGGGAGAGGAAGCAGACCCAGGGUGGGAGCUGGGAGCGCAGGCAGGCCUGCACGGGCAGCUGGGAGAGGGGCAAGUCCUACGGCAGCUGGGAGAGGCGGAACCACAACCCCCUGGAGCCCACCCCCUGUCCCGACGCCUACUGCAACCUGGUGAUCUUGGCGGUGGAAAGCAGAGAUGCUGCUGAAGAAUACUGUGCCCUGAUUUGUCAGAUGUUCCAGAUCAUAUAUGGUCACCAGACCAUCGAGUGUGUGGAUCGAGCAGGCUACCACUACACCACCCCUGACCGCUAUUGGCUUCAGAGAAGUGACAGCUGUCUGACAGAUAUGACAUAUGGUUAUGAAGCAGACUUCAGUUGCUGUAGCUCUUACGACGGCUCCCAAGAGGCCUUUGACCCCUACUACAGUGAGAACUACAGCGAGGGCUCGUCCUUGUCCCCGCAGGACUCGCACCGUAGCCUGGCCUCCCUGCACAGCGACAGCGACCCCAGCACAGUGGGCCUGCAGCUCAUGCAGGAGUACAUGAUCACGCUGAGGAGCAAACUGAGUCCCCAGGAGAUCCAGCAGUUUGCCCUGCUGCUAAGGGAGUACCGGCUGGGCUCCCACAUUGAGGACUUCUGCGCUGACCUGCUCCAGCUCUACGGGGAUACUAGAAAGUUCCUGCUCUUGGGCAUGAGACCAUUCAUCCCAGACAAGGACGUAGGCGUCUUCGAGAGUUUCCUGGAGGGCAUCGGCAUCCGGGAGGGUGGCAUCCUGACAGACAGCUUUGGCCGCAUCAAACGCAGCAUGAGCAGCACCUCAGCCACUGCAGUGCGGGGCUACGACAGCUGGUCCUUGCCCUCAGGGUCCCAGGACUUCAACAGAAUGAUCACCAACAUCACACAUGAUAUUGAAGCACUGGGCUUUGAGGAGGGAGAUGGGGACAUUGAGGAGGAAGACUACUACCUCUGAGAGAGGCCAAGCCAAUGGACACAAUGAAAGAUGGAUGGUUUUCUUUUCAGGGACUAAUUAAAUUGCACUAAAACUUA